AAUCAGCAUUUUACAAAACCUGAAAUUUUUCCACAGGGGAAAAAUCAUUUUCUAACCAUCUUUACUGGUCAUUGCAGAGGAAAUGAUUUCAAAUGUUUGCCCAGAGGACGAGUUUGUUUCUGGUUUUCGAGCCUACACACGUCCUGUUCCUGAUCUGGGACUUUGCAUAUCCUCUCCAGUUGACCAAGCCAUGCAGGGCAUGGAGACUGCAGCUGCUCAGAACGACCCUGAGACACCUUGCCGGGGCCGCGCUGUCAAGGGAACCUGCUCUGUAGAGGGCUUCACUUUAAAAAGGAACAAGAUGCUCUCCCCCCGGUAUCUGCUGGCGAAAGGUUCAGUCCUGCAAGGUGCUGAGCGCCCUCCACUCCUGCAGAAGUCAGUGGGAUUCAAGGAGCUCAGCACCUCAUGGGAUCAAGCUGCAAACGUGCAGGGUCUUGAGGGCCUGCUAUGCCCAGUGAGGCAUGAGCCCACAGUGUGGCAGUAGACACACUAACAGCUCCCUCUAGAAAUCUCAAGGCUGGGAUCCUGUUCAGCUGCUGCACGAGAGCAUGAAGGAGUGGGUCGAAGAAGCUCGCCACCCCCCCCACACACUCCCCAACAGGGACAUAACCCGGCUCAGGAUGGGACUUUCCUCUUAGGCUAACACCAAAUAUAAUAAUGUGAUGAUGACUCAACUCUUGUUAUUGCAUCAGUGGCUUACCCAGGCUAAUGGGAACUAGCCUCCAGCUCUCAGAACAGCCUGAGAUUGCAGAAACACAUCAGGAAGUCACGUUCGGAUGCCUUCCCCUUUGCUUUCACCGAGCCAGGCUGUCAUUCAACUCCUGCCAUGAAGCUUCUGAACGUGGCUGGAUUCUUCGCUCUGGCGCCCACUUUGGUGCCAGCUCUGGAGCCCAUCACCACCUCACUUGCUUUCUGCGGGGCAGCUGUCAUGUGGCAGCUCUUCUCCCCUGCCUCCUGGCUCAAGUGCCGCUUCCUGGAGUGCUGCAACAUGAAGGACACCCUGGACAUCCCAGCCCUGCAGAUGGUUUUGGAACAGAAAGUAUUUGGGCAGCACCUAGCCACCCAGGUGGUUCUGAAAGCACUGAGUGCACACUCCAGAGACAAACAGCCCAGGAAGCCCCUGGUGAUGUCCUUCCAUGGCUGGACUGGCACUGGCAAGUCCUUUGUCAGCAAGAUCAUUGCACGGAACCUGUACCAGAGUCAUGAAGCAAGAAGGAGCUUCGUCCAUCAGUUUGACGCGGUGUUGCAUUUUCCACACGCUGAACAUAUAAAGCAGUAUAAGGAGCAGCUGCAGAACUGGAUUCGAGGGAAUGUCAGUGUCUGUCCGAGGUCGCUUUUUAUUUUCUCAGAAAUGGACCAGAUGCCGCAUGGCCUGAUUGACUCCAUCAUGCCGUACCUCAGUCAUCGCGAGGCUAUCAAUGGCAUCUACUAUGGCAAGGCCAUCUUCCUCUUCCUGAAUAACGCAGGAGGGGAUAAGAUAACAGAGGUGGCGCUCGAUCAUUGGAGGAGGCAGAAGGGAAGAGAAGAAAUUCCCCUGACAGACCUGCAGUCUAUGCUAUCCGCUGAGAUUUUCAAUAACAGGAACAGUGGUUUUUGGAAUAGCAAGCUGAUCCAGAAGAACCUGGUGGAUUAUUUCAUCCCUUUCUUGCCCCUGGAAUAUAAACAUGUGAAAAAGUGCAUCCAAGAGGAGCUGCACUACCAAGGGCACCAAGAAGAUGAAGACCUCAUCAUAAAGAUUGCCUUAGCAAUGUCCGACUAUCCCAAUGAAGACAGAAUCUACUCUAGCAAAGGUUGCAAAACUGUGGCCUCAAAGGUGAACCUGGAUACCUAGAACGGCCAAGUGCUCAAGGACAAGGAGGAAGAGAAAGCAAGUAUCUUUUUCCUUCUCCCACCAGUAUCUUCUCAAACUGUAAGCUUGUUGGGGCAGGAAACUGCCCUUUAAUAUAUCUAAGCCUGUGGCACACUGUUACUGGAGAGAAAAGAUAACUUCCUCAUCUCAGCAUAAUACAGUACAUCCUUUCCCUACCUUCCAAACAUGCUGCUGUAAGUAAAAUAAAAUUAAUAUGGUAUUUAUUCUUAAUUAUCUCUCUGGAUUCUUGACAAACCUCCCCUAUCAAGAUCAAAGGGAGGCAGUACAGAGUAGGCAGGGCAGAUAUGCCUGCCUUGUUUUUCCAGGGAUAUGAACAAAGGAAAAACAAAAGCAACAGAAGAAAAGGGACCCAAUAUAAAGAACUACUGACUCAGGUUUGCUUGCCCACUUAAUUCCUCACCAGUCUCUAUUAAUGAUGGUUGUGUGAGCUUUUGAUUUUAAAAGCAAAUCUAGAAAACUCUGGUUAUGGACAGAGGUUUGCUAGAGAAUAGGCCAGAGGUGCUAUGGUUUAGAAUGAUGCUCUAAAAAGCUUGGAGCUCAAAUAAGCCCCCCCACACUUCUAAGCUUUUUUUAAAUCUUCCCUAACAUUUUAUUACAAUAUUUUUAAGGAUCCUGUCAGGGAGAUUCUUGGGGCAGGAUAAGGGAGGGGAAGAAGAUGAGUUUCUUGAUCUCUGCCAAAAUACCCAUCAACUUAGAUCCUUAAACGUACACGCACCAAUUAUACAGAGUGUUUCCUUGCUGCAAUUCACUCUGAUGGUAUAAUGAAGAUACCUUAGUCAGUUAUGCUUUUGGUGCAAGUCAGUUUAAUUUUCUAGCCUCUUCUUGCAAUGUUUUCGUUACAAACACACUAGGGGAAUGUUUGAAUCCCAACAAUAAACCCUUUUUUAUACUGAGUCAAACAAAUCAUGAAAGGUUUCUGUCAGUGUCAGGUUUUGAAAAACUACUUUUUACACCACCUACAUUUUUGCCCUGGAUUAAUACUUGAUCAUUUCCUUGUAACUCCUCCCUGACAAAGCACCAACGAAGUAUUUUUAGCACAAGAAAUAUGACUCUGAUGGAACUGAAAAGAAUGCAAGACAAAAAAGCAAACACCGAGUGUGACGAAGUGGGAAUGUUCUUAAUGUUUUCUCUGAAUACUAUGUGGGUGCCUCAGUUUCCCCUAUGCAUUUCUUAAGUAUCUAGGUGGUGAGAUAAGGGUGUGUGAUUGUUGCAGAGCCUUAGAGGAUCAGAGGAUCAGUGUGAUGCUUUCUGCACAUAAAAUGGCUGACACCCUGUCUCCUGGCAACUGGUGGCCUGGGGCCCUCCCCUGAAAGUGCCAACUGAAGGUGUUGGAGAACAAAAAGAUCAGGUGGCCUCCUGGCCCAGGAAAGAGACAAAAGCCAGAGGAGGGGCUGGAGAGUUUCAGUUUGGAGCUGGCUGGGGAAAGAGCGGGAGGCCCAGACCUGGGAUCUGGCCUCCCUGCCCCCAAGAUGGACCUGACUUAGGGGUCCUGUUUCUGUACCUACAAGCUCUGUUUCAAACUGUGUUCCUAUUAUCUAAUAAACCUUCUGUUUUACUGGCUGGCUGAGAGUCACAUCUGACUGUGAAAUUGGGGUGCAGGGCCCACUGGCUUCCCCAGGAGCC